AUUAGCUCAAUAGAUCUAGUCCGAACGAUUCGAUACAACCACAACAACAACAAAAGACAUAAGGCACUUAAAAAUUAACAUUUUGUUGAGAGCACACCAUCCGAGACGCAAAUAAAACAUUUCGAAGUGCACAUCUGUAAAGUUGUUAGCUGGCAGCACAACGCACAACAAUAGCAACCACACGGGUAAAAAAAACAACCAGCACAAGCAUGUCUGUCAGUGAUUUCAUUAAAGGUUUACCCACACACGAUUCGAAAAAUUUCGCACAUCUGAGCAAUGAUCACGGUAUUCGAACGUCACAGAAGCGCGCCUCCAUCUACUUGCCUACAGAGGAUGUGCCCGAGCCGACGCAGCUGAUAGUGAUGGACAAGAGGUGUGUCCUGCUAAGAUACCUAACACAACAGUGGGACAAGAAGACGCUGCAGCGGAAGCGCGAGCAUGGCAAUGAUGGCAAUGCUAACAAUGCCAACAGCACUCCCAAUGGCAGCAAUAGCAAAAAGCGCCCCCGCUUGGAUGCCAAUGAGCUCAACUGAGGCAGAGGCACUCAAACAAAUAUAAUAUGCAUAAAAACACACACACACACUCAUCAAAAGAUAACUCCACAGAGAGCACUACCAUUAAUUUAAGACUUUUUCCCCAUUUAUGUUUAAAAUAAAUACAUUAGAAUGUAAUUCAGUUCGAA